CGUCCUCUCUUUAAACCCCCCUGCCACUGCGUUACUCGCCUCAUCCAACUCUCUGAGACCAACCAGCCAUGAGCAAGUGGUGGUGCAUCGCCUCCCUCCUGCUGUGCCUCGCGGUGGCGGUGGCGGGCAGGGGCAUGCCUGCUCGCGACGACUGCGAUACUGUUGCUCUUGCUGCCGGUCGCAACGGCCAAGACGGUUCUGGUUUCGGUGAAACCAAGACCGCCUUUGCUGGGAGCAAUGGUGGUGACGGCGGGCUCUUCGGCGGUGCCGUCAACGGUGGCCCUCUCGGCGGGGGCAUCGCCGGCUUUGGCCCGCACGGUGGCUUUGGUGCCGGUGCCGGGCCGUUCGGUGGUUUCGGCGGUGGCUUCGGUGCUGGUGGUGGAGGUGGAGGAGGGGGAGGCGGCGGCGGCGGCGUGAUACCUUGAGGUGGCCGGGACACGAGCGCGUAUGUAAACGUGGUAGUAGCUGUACGUGUGUCCCUGAUUUCAUUUACACGCAUCUGUUAGUGUAAUAAGAAGUCCUUUGAUUAGCUGCGUGAGCAUGCAUGUAUGAGUCAUACGUGUCAUCAUGUCAUUAGCCUCAUCGUGUUCGUAUCUGAUUAGUUAAUGUAUAAAUGAAAGCAUUGGUGUGUGA